CCCCAAGCGACAUUACAUUAGGUUAGAUGUUAACAUUUUGUAUAGGAUAAGUGCACAUUUGCAUGCCGGGAGAACCGUUAGAUUACACUUGAUGUGUGAGUCGGUGACUGAAAUUCACAUGGUCAAAGAUCAAGAAGGUUUGAAGAUACGCGUGGAUCUGGAUAAUCGUGAGUGGAUUAGCAAAACCAUUGAAAUUUCAUACAAAGUCUUGUAUUAUACUGCAAAGGCUGGACUGAGUAUGAAGUUUGGGUUGGGCCAAGCGAUUCCGGACUGGGCAGAUUUAAAAUCUGAUAUUGUUAAACUAGAUGGCAUUAGCGAUGGUGAUCGUAGUGCAGUUGUAAAAGCUGGGGAAAGCAAGGAGCUGACACAAGCAUGGUUGAGGAUUCAGAAACUUCUUGGGGAUAUUAACUAUGCGAAAAUCUUCAAGUUGUAUCAGGUGAAAUACGAGGGAGUAGAAUCAGGUGGGCAUGCAUGGGUGUGCGAGGAGUGCAUGAAAGAAGGUAUUAGAACUGGGAUUUUGUCGGGAAAUUGAAGAGGUUAGAAUGUCAUGAUGCAAAUGACAAGCAUAUGUUAAGACACUCAUGCAAUAUGAUCCUCUGCAAAAUCUUCCUUCAGAGUUUUCACUUGU